AUGGAGGACGCGGAGAUCAUAGUGAUUGGUGCUGGUCCGUCGGGAAUUGCUCUCGCCCACACGAUCAAGCAUAAAUUGGGUUUCCACGAUUUCACAAUCUACGAAAAGCUUGACGGUCCUGGUGGAACAUGGCGCAUGAACAAAUACCCAGGGGUAGGAUGUGAUGUGCCCACCAUAUUGUAUUCAUUUUCUUUCAACCAGAACCCAAACUGGUCCAAAGAGCUCUGUGAGGGCCCAGAGAUUUUGGAAUAUAUGGAUGAUACAGUGGAUAAAUUCGACUUGCGAAAACACAUGCAUUUUGGAGUCGAGUGUGUCUCUGCAUCCUGGAACGAAAAGGGGUUCUGGGAAGUUCGACUUCGCGAUACCAAAACCAAGAUCGAAUACACUCGCACAGCUACCAUCUUCAUCUCUGCUGUGGGUGGAAUCUCCAAGCCACGAGACACUAAAUUCCCGGGAAUGGAGAAGUUUACCGGAGAGAUUUUCCAUACAGCCCAAUGGAAUUCUCAGUAUGAUUACCGGGGCAAACGUCUUGCAGUGAUCGGUAAUGGGUGCAGUGCCGCCCAGGUGGUCCCUGCCAUUGCGAAAAGCGCUGGAUUGGUAAAGCAGUACGCUCGAAGCGCACAAUGGUACCACGAGCGGCCUAAUCGCAACUUCACUGCCGCUGAGAGAUGGUGCUUGAGGAAUAUUCCACUAUGGGAAAGAUAUCUUCGUUUUCGUCUGUUUCUCUCCUGCGAUGCUCUAGUUACAACCUACCUGCCUGGCAUCGCGGCAGAAAGAAUCCGCGCCAAAACGGAAAAGGGCGCCCGUCAGUACAUACAUGAUACUGCCCCCAAGAAAUAUCACAAGACUCUUGUUCCAGACUUCCCACUAGGCUGCAAAAGAAGAAUUUUCGACCCGAACUACCUCGAGAGUCUCCACCGUGAAAACGUUGAGCUGGCCGGUGUUGGGAUUGAUCAUAUCGAUGAGACUGGCAUUGUCAGUACCGAUGGCGUACGAACCGAGUUCGAUGCAAUCGUCCUGGCCACAGGUUUCGACGUGCAGCAAUUCAUCGUUCCCAUGGAGCUGUACGGUACGGGCGGCAGAAGCCUGUCUCAGCAGUGGAAGGAAUCCAGAGGAGCACAGGCCUAUAUGGGUGUUUACGUCCAUAACUUCCCAAAUAUGGGCAUAUUGUUUGGACCCAACACCUUCCCUGCGCACAACUCGGUUCUUUUCGCCUCGGAAGUUGAGGUCGACUACCUGGCUCGCACUCUAAUCGCCCCCAUUAUCGAUGGCCGUAUUUCAACCCUGGAAGUCAAAUCCACAGUUGAGAACCAAUGGGUGAAUUCUCUCCAAGUGAAGCUCAAGGGGACUGUCUUCGAGGCCGGUUGUUCCAACUGGUAUAUCAACCAGCAUGGGCGGAACUCGGCCUCGUGGCCAGGAUAUGCUUCUAGCUAUUGGAGAGAGACACUUAAAUCCCAGCUUGGGGUCUUCAAGAAGACACCAGGCUCAAGCCUUUGGUAUUUGAACACCCUGCGGCGCUGGAUCAGAACUACCAGCAUUUAUGUAUAUGGGGCGGCGUUGAUUUCCUUGGUCACCCUUUUAUGGUUUAAAGAUGGUGCUGCUCAGCAAAAGUUGAUCCAGAUGGCGCGCAAUGCCAUUUCCUAUGGCCGUGCUUAA